AUGAGUGCGCUCCGGGCGGGCGGCAGCGGCUCCCGAAUUGGGCUGGGAGCGUGCUCGGAAGGGCCUGGACGUCGGUCGGAGGGGCUGGGCGGCUCUGGGGAGGGGCUGGAGCGGCUCGAAAACACGCUGCCACCGCAGCGCGCGCCACUCUGCCGUAAAGCACCGCUGUUGAGCAGCCGCACCUGCCACACUGCCGUAAAAUUCAGCGAAACUUCGGACGCUCCCCCCCCGCAGUGCUCCCACUUCGUCCCACCGCUCCCACUGAUGGAGCUGAUCGAGCGCGUGGAGCGCCGUGUGCCGCUGCCGGAGCUGCUGGCAGCCUUCAAUGAGCCGGCAACCUCGGACUACCUGGUGGUUUACCUGCGGCUGCUCACCUCGGGCUGCCUCCAGCGCCACCGCCGCUUCUUUGAGCAGUUCCUCGAGGGUGGCCGCAGCAUCAAGGAGUUCUGCCAGCAGAACAAGCAGGAGGCACAGCGGGAGAAGGAGCUGGGCAAUGCCGCCUACAAGCGGAAGGAGUUCCCAGCAGCGCUGGAACACUACACCCGAGCCGAGCAGCUAGACCCCACCAAUAUGACCUACGUCACCAACCAGGCGGCCGUGUACUUUGAGACGGGUGACUACGAGCGGUGCCGGGCACUGUGCGAACGCGCCAUCGAGCUGGGACGGGAGAACCGGGAGGAUUACCGGCAGAUUGCCAAGGCGUACGCACGGAUCGGGAAUUCCUACCUGCGCGAGGAGCGGUACAAGGAUGCCAUCCACUUCUACAACAAGUCCCUGGCUGAGCACCGCACGCCCGAUGUGCUCAAGAAGUGUCAGCAGGCUGAGAAGAUCCUGAAGGAGCAGGAGCGCUUGGCCUACAUUGACCCCGACCUGGCGCUGGAGGAAAAGAACAAGGGCAACGAGUGCUUCCAGCGAGGGGAUUACCCCCAGGCCAUGCGGCACUACAGCGAGGCAAUCCGACGCAACCCGAAUGAGGCCCGGCUCUACAGCAACCGUGCCGCCUGCUACACCAAACUGCUUGAGUUCCCCCUCGCCCUCAAGGACUGUGAGGAGUGCAUUCGCCUGGAGCCCACCUUCAUCAAGGGCUACACGCGGAAGGCGGCGGCGCUCGAGGCCAUGCGUGACUACACCAAGGCCAUGGAGGUUUAUCAGCGUGCCCUGGACCUCGACCCCACUUGCAAGGAGGCGGCAGAGGGGCAGCGGCGGUGCCUGCGGGCGCAGCAGCAGCGCUCAGAGCCCCCCGAGGAGCUGCGGCGCCGGGCGCUCGCCGACCCCGAGGUGCAGCAGAUCAUGGGGGACCCGGCCAUGCGCCUCAUCCUCGAGCAGAUGCAGAAGGACCCCCAGGCCCUCAGCGAGCACCUCAAGAACCCUCUCAUCGCCCAGAAGAUCCAGAAGCUAAUGGAUGUGGGGCUCAUUGCCAUCCGGUGACCCCCCCAAAUCCCGGGGACCCCUCUGGGACCCCCCCCGGGUACACCUCGACCCCCCAGGGGAGGCAGGGGGUGCUGCCCCUCCCUCCCUCCAUCCUGUGUUGGUUCUGGGGUGCUGUGACCCCAAAUAAAGAGCGGAGCAGUG